AUGUGUUGCCGAAGGGUAAACCGACUGAAGGGUCAGAGGGCGUCGGCCUGCCCGCCCGAGGGCCUCGCCAACACGCAGCUCGACGAGUCGUCCCUACCGCGCGAGGCGGAGGUCGAGGUGGGGCGCGGGCUGCGCUCGGCCGCGGAGCUGGUCGAGAUGGGCUUCGCGCCCGCGCGCGUGGCUGCGGCGAUGGACGCGUCUGUCGGCGACGUGGUGCAGGCGUUCGAGCGCGUCACGCUGCCCGCCGCCGCGUGGGGCGCGCGGUCGGCAUUCGUCGUCGGCCGCGGCGCGGCGGCCGACGUGCGGAUCGACUCGGUCGCCUUCCCGGCGAUGGUGUCGCGCAAGCACUGCCGCCUCCGGCGCGACGCCGACGGCGCCUUCUUCGUGGACGACCUCGGCGCGGCCAACGGCACCACCCUCAACGGCCGCCGCCUGCAGAACAUGUGCGAACCAGUGCCUAUGACGCUCAAGGAGUAG